GUGACGUCACGCGCCGACGCUGGGGACGUACCUGUCGGGCGCCGGACUCCUGCGGUUUCUCUUCCCCUUCCGCGGGUCAGGGCAGGUCCGGUGCGGAAGCCGCAGCCCCUUUCGAGUGCUAGUUCGCCCGCGGCCCGGAAUCGGGCUGGAUAAUGAGGCGGAAGGGUGUGGUGGGGUGAAAGCCAUUCUACAUUACUCCUGGAGUUGGAGCAUGGAUUGAGUUUUAGUCUUUGAAGAGGGAAGUGAGGUUGGAGAUUUUUAUUUUUAAUUUGGGGUAGAAACAGGUUUACUCCAGGGCCCUCCAGAGCAAGAGGAUUUAACUUAAUGCUGCUCCCGUGUUUGAAGGCGGACAAAAAAAGUCCCACCUGGCGAAAUUUCUCUAAUAACCUACUCAGUAGAGAAAGCCAGGUGUCUUAAAUCGCGUUAGUUUUCGUGGUGUCGGGCUUUCUUCAGGUGAAGCUCCCAGGGUAGCUAGGUUUAGGUUUGAAGCAGAUGCAGAAUCCAAAGGCAGCGCAAAAAACAGCCACCGAUUUUGCUAUGCCUCGGAGCUGCGAGAUAAUCAGACAGCUAAAUGGAGUCUGAGCAGCUGUUCCAUAGAGGCUACUAUAGAAACAGCUACAACAGUAUAACCAGUGCGAGUAGUGAUGAGGAGCUUUUAGAUGGAGCAGGUGUUAUUAUGGACUUCCAAACUUCUGAAGAUGAUAAUUUGUUAGAUGGUGACACCGUAGUUGGAACUCAUUAUACAAUGACAAAUGGAGGCAGCAUUAACAGUUCUACACACUUACUGGAUCUUUUGGAUGAACCAAUUCCAGGUGUUGGUACAUAUGAUGAUUUUCAUACUAUUGAUUGGGUACGAGAGAAAUGUAAAGACAGAGAAAGACAUAGAAGGAUCAACAGCAAAAAGAAAGAAUCAGCAUGGGAAAUGACAAAGAGUUUAUAUGAUGCGUGGUCAGGAUGGCUAGUAGUAACACUAACAGGAUUGGCAUCAGGGGCAUUGGCUGGAUUAAUAGACAUCGCUGCUGACUGGAUGACUGACCUGAAGGAGGGCAUUUGCCUUAGCGCACUGUGGUAUAACCAUGAGCAGUGCUGCUGGGGAUCUAACGAAACAACAUUCGAAGAGAGGGAUAAAUGUCCACAGUGGAAAACAUGGGCAGAACUAAUCAUAGGCCAAGCAGAGGGUCCUGGUUCUUAUAUCAUGAACUACAUAAUGUAUAUCUUCUGGGCACUGAGUUUUGCCUUUCUUGCAGUUUCUCUGGUAAAGGUAUUUGCCCCAUAUGCCUGUGGCUCUGGAAUUCCAGAGAUUAAAACUAUUUUGAGUGGAUUCAUCAUCAGAGGUUACUUGGGAAAAUGGACUUUAAUGAUUAAAACCAUCACAUUAGUCCUGGCUGUGGCAUCAGGUUUGAGUUUAGGGAAAGAAGGUCCCCUGGUACAUGUUGCCUGUUGCUGUGGAAAUAUCUUUUCCUACCUCUUUCCAAAGUAUAGCACAAAUGAAGCUAAAAAAAGAGAGGUGCUAUCGGCUGCCUCAGCUGCAGGUGUUUCUGUAGCUUUUGGUGCGCCAAUUGGAGGAGUUCUUUUCAGCCUGGAGGAGGUUAGCUAUUAUUUUCCUCUCAAAACUUUGUGGAGAUCAUUUUUUGCUGCUUUAGUGGCUGCAUUUGUUUUGAGAUCCAUCAAUCCAUUUGGUAACAGCCGCCUGGUCCUUUUUUAUGUGGAGUAUCAUACACCGUGGUACCUUUUUGAACUGUUUCCUUUUAUUCUCCUAGGGGUUUUUGGAGGGCUUUGGGGAGCCUUUUUCAUUAGGGCAAAUAUUGCCUGGUGUCGUCGACGCAAGUCCACCAAAUUUGGAAAAUAUCCUGUUCUUGAAGUCAUUAUUGUUGCAGCCAUCACUGCUGUGAUAGCCUUUCCUAACCCAUACACCAGGCUAAACACCAGUGAACUGAUCAAAGAGCUUUUUACAGACUGUGGUCCCCUGGAAUCCUCCUCUCUUUGUGACUACAGAAAUGACAUGAACGCCAGUAAAAUUGUUGAUGAUAUUCCUGAUCGCCCAGCAGGCAUUGGAGUGUAUUCAGCUAUAUGGCAGUUAUGCUUAGCACUCAUAUUUAAAAUCAUCAUGACAGUUUUCACUUUUGGUAUUAAGGUCCCUUCAGGCUUGUUCAUCCCCAGCAUGGCCAUCGGCGCGAUCGCGGGGAGGAUCGUGGGCAUCGCGGUGGAGCAGCUGGCCUACUAUCACCACGACUGGUUCAUCUUUAAGGAGUGGUGUGAGGUCGGGGCCGACUGCAUCACACCUGGCCUGUAUGCCAUGGUUGGUGCUGCUGCAUGCUUAGAAAGUGCCAGAAAAAAACAAGAAGGUAUCGUCGGCAGUUCCCGGGUGUGUUUUGCACAGCACACCCCGUCUCUUCCAGCAGAAAGUCCUCGGCCGUUGAAACUUCGAAGCAUUCUUGACAUGAGCCCUUUUACGGUGACAGACCACACGCCAAUGGAGAUCGUGGUGGACAUUUUCCGAAAGCUGGGUCUGAGGCAGUGCCUUGUAACUCACAAUGGGAUUGUCUUGGGGAUCAUCACAAAGAAGAACAUAUUAGAGCAUCUCGAGCAACUAAAGCAGCACGUCGAACCCUUGGCGCCUCCUUGGCAUUAUAACAAAAAAAGAUAUCCUCCGUCAUAUGGCCCAGACGGCAAACCAAGACCCCGCUUCAAUAAUGUUCAACUGAAUCCCAUAGAUGAGGAGAGAGAAGAAACGGAAGAGGAAGUUCGUUUGUUGAAUAGCACAACUCUUUAACCUGAGGGAGUCGUCCACUUUUUUUUCUCCUUAACAAAAAAAAAAAAAAAAAAAAGGAAAUAUAAAAGCCGGGCUUUUGCAACUUGGUUUGCAAAUAAUGCUGGUGGAAUGGAGGAGUCUGGGGAGGGAAAGGAGAGAGAGAAGGACAGAGUGAGGUGUUCCCCGUGUAACGGAGAGCAGCGCAUCGGCUGCUGCUGUUCUGCACGGCUUGCGCUCAGCCGAGGACGGGCCGGGACAGUGCAGGCUGUGCCUCGGCAGAGAUGACGCCAGAGUCCUCGAGCACCGGGCCUGUGACCCCAACACUGCGAAGACGCGUAUCAGUCCCUAUUUCUGGAGGGAUUACUUUGAAUCGAGCCAUCUAUAAAACUGCAAGGUCUUGCCCUUUUUUAUCAAAACUGUUCUGUUUAAUUCAUGCAUUGUAUAGUUAAGCAUUACCUUUCUGCAUUCCAGAAGAGCCUUUAUUUCUCUCUCUCUCGCUCUCUCUCUGUCUCUCUGUAACAAAGCCUCUGUAAAUUGGUGUACCCUUUUGAACAGUCCUUUCUCAUAUUGAGAUGUACCGUGAUUUUACUGAGGUUUCAUCACAAGAAGGGAGUGUUUCUUGUGCCAUUAACCACGUAGUUUGUACCAUCACUAAACGCUUGGAACGGUACACGUGUACCACAGCAAAGGCUGAUCAAACAGGUGACAUCUCGAAUGAAGCAUGAACGAAAUCUCUCAGCUUGUGCGCCGUGUGAUUCAGAAUCAAAAACAACGAAACUCGAUUUUAAAGGAUAAGCAGUUCUUUUUCUCUCAGACUGUAUGGAUAAUGUGACCUGGUCUUAUGCAAAUUUUCUAUCUCUGCAACGACUUUGAUGUCCGCAAGUGCUGUUCAGCAUAAUUGAACAGUGCUGCCCCGCGACAGUGAAGACAGCAAGUCCUGUUUCGCUGUGUCUGACGUUAACUGCAUGUUGCAACACUGGAAUUUUUUUUUCUUGAAAUUAGAAGCAGUCAUUCUUUUCUUUCCUCAAGGUAUUUCACUGCUGACCCUGAAGAAGAAAUGUAAUUCAUAACUUGCACUAAAUGUAUAUUUCUUUUCUUAAAAAUUUACCAUUCUUAUUUAUAUUUUUAUGGAUUAAAAUUUAUAAAAUACAGAUCAGUUAAUAUCGCACUUAAA